GACAGUACUUUUUUUUCCAAAAAGCUGUUCCAUAUAUUUGUUCAAGAAGCAACAUAAUAAUCUUAGACGGUAAUAAUCUUCUAAACUACUUGUCUCUGCACCUCCCAAUUUCUACUAAUACGGACUUUCAGUUUAUAUAUGUACCACGUACCGUACUUUUUUUUUUUGAUUGUUUGAUAUUAAUUAUCGACAUUUCUAAAUUACUUUACUAUAUAAGGCUAUCUUUCAUGUCAUAUGUGUUAAAAUUUACACAACUUGCUCCUUUAUAUUCUAUUUUGCCUCCACACAGAUACUGACAAAUACUUCAUCUCCACUACUAUCUUCCUGCCAUUGUCAUCUGUUUUUAACAUCACUAAUCCUCACGAUACAUUGACUCUUGGUUAAAACAUAGAUUUUGAUUUUUAGACUAACUUGAGCCCUCGGAAUUGAUUUUUUUUUCACCUCUUUCUGUUUCCAACAUUCUGUUCAAUCCACUUGCUAUACGUCACUUUCUUAUUAUGCCACAAAAUAAAAUGAAGACCCCUGCUUCUAGGCGUUCAGCCAAACGUAGGAGAACGACACAAUUUAACACCACUACUGACACGACUUCCAACAGUUUCAACGAGACGAGCCACUCCGUUCAUCCGGAAGCAGACAAGCGUUUACCAGUUGUCUCCAUUCCAGACAUGUUGAAAACUCUGAUGGUAAACAGUGAUGAUAAUCGCAACUGCAACCAUAUGGAUGCUAUAAAAAAGUUGCAAGUGGACAUGAACAUUCUCAAUCCGCUUAAAUAUCUCAUCAACCCCAACCUCACAGAGAUUCCAGAUCAAAUGAAUGACAUAAAUAUUUUCCUAGAUCGUGUUGCAUCAGAGGUAUUUGAAAGAAUAAGACGAUCUAGUAAUGCAAUUGUGUUUAAUAUACCGGAUACACAUGCCCUUAAAAAGAUCAAAUCUAGUCUGCUUAGAGCCAGCAAUAUGACACACGUACCAUGUGUAUGCACAAGAUUAAAACGAAGUCAUCCUGGUAUGCACUCACCGAUCUUGUUCAAAUUCAACUCAUCUGUAGACGCCAGUGAAUUUUUAAAUUCCUCCAAUUCAUUGAGACAAAAACAGAUUUUCAAGGAUAUUAAGACUCUUCCGGAUAAAACACCAUGCCAGCGAAAAGCAGGAAGAGAUAACUACAGACCACCAGCGUCAAACUCUCAAACGCAUCAUAAUCCUAAUGAUCGUAAAGUUAAGUCCGAUUCUAAGAGGACGUCUAGCUUAACAAUUUUGCCGCCACCGAAAAACUCUUCUGAAUCUCCUAAAGUUCAAAACCGAGAAAAAAGUAAUCCCGAUGUAGGUGGUGUCCAUCCUUCUAAGAAUGUUGAUUUAGAUUUAACCCGAAGUAGUUGUGCUGAUGAAGAAUGGGAUAACACAGUCCAAACCCCUGUUAGUGCAACACCCAGUUACAGUAACUGUGCAACGGAUAACAGGAAAACUAAUCAUAACAUUCAUAUAACUGACCACGAACUUAACGUUGAUAUAUUCGAACCUCCCAAACCAUCGCAAGUAUGUUUAACAGUACAUAAUCCUCUCCAACAUAUGAAGAAGCCGAAAUCAAUCACAAACCUUGGAAAUAAACGUCUUAAACACGUUACCCAUACGUCAGGUAUAAAUAGUUAUCUGAAUUGUAAUUGGCCACUUGGUCAAAACCAUAGACCUGAUAGUCUUCUCGGUCCGGCUCCCAAUAUGUACACUAUGCCCUUAUCAGAUGUUAUAUCCAAUAGCAGUGAGAAAACUUUUUUUGUAAUUCCGCCGGCUUUCCUGCCGGCAACGGUAAAUAUAUUUCACAUGAUGACAAAGUGGUUGAAUCUAUUUCCCCUCGCAACACAACUCUUACCUUAGCUAAUCCUAUGAGUAUUAAUGGAACUACCAAUUGCGAUUUAUACUCUAACCUGCUUCACUAUGAUGACUCUGAGUUUCUUAUUCUUUAUUUCAAUGCCCGCUCUCUGUCUAAUAAAAUCAUUCAUCUUAAAACUCUUUUAUUCCUUGUAAAUCCAACCAUUGUACUUAUUACGGAAACGUGGUGUAAUUCAUCUAUAUCCGAUCAUUCCUUGAAUGUAGAUAACUACGUUUUCUUUAGAACCGAUAGAUGUUAUGGAAUAGGAGGCGGUACAAUUAUCUAUGUCCGUUCAGACAUUCAAGCGUGCAAAUUUGAGGAUAAAUCCUUUGAUGCUAUAGAAGACUCCACUUGGGUUACUGUAAACUGUGGAUCCCAAAAUUAUUUACUGGUGGGAUGCAUAUAUGGACCACCUCAUGCGGAUACUAAGUUUGACAGAUUACUAACAAACAUAUUUUCC